GGGGGCUGUCUUAGCGCUUUUUGGUCGCGGCUGCUGAGUUGUUUAAACAAUGUGAGGACUCACAUGUGAGCAGGAGAAACAAUGAGGAGGAGGAGGGAAAGUAUUCCGUUACAGAUGUUAGUUAGUUGGUGACAGUGGAUGAAUGUGGUCCCCAGAGGAAGCGGAUGAGAACAUCCAGAACCUCACAGACAGACUCCAGGUUGUUCUUGGUGGUUCUGAGGAUCACAACAAGAACUUUACUUUUUUCCUGAUUCAUCUGAAACGCCAGACUUCAGGCCAGCUCUGAACUCUAAAUGUCUGCUUGUGUUUGGAUGGAAAGCAGACCAAAGUCUCUGGCUGUUCUGGGGACAGUUUGUAUUUAAAAAAAAAUAUCUGCUUUAGUUUUUAGAUCAAAACACAGAGAAAGUUGGGUUUCCCUUGACACUAAAAGAAAUGAAAUGUGUUCCAUCCGUCAUGAGAAGUUUGCAGACAAACGGCGGCUUGGAUGCUCAGCUCAGCUCAGCACGCACACAGUGUCCUCACAUGUUCAGUCUUGCUGUUUGAUGCCCAGCGUAAAGAUGACCACCGAUCAGGAUUUGCUCAUGGACGGUCCGGCAGCCACGUCGGUGAUUGCUGCUAAGGGCAUCGAUCUAACGCCAAACAAAGACCAAGGAGUCAUCAAGGUCGUGCAGUGUCCAGGGUUUGAUGUGGACCGUCCAAUGAUUGGGGACAGAGUCACUGUCCAUUACACUGGAAGACUGCUGACUGGAAAGAAGUUUGACUGCAGUCGGGAACGCAAAGAACCGUUUAGCUUCAAUGCCGGCAAAGGACAAGUCCUGAAGUCAUGGGACAUUGGUGUGCUGUCCAUGCAGAGGGGCGAGGUGUGCACUCUGCUCUGUAAACCCGAAUAUGCCUACGGAUCUGCUGGGAAUCCAGACAAAAUCCCCCCCAACGCCUCAGUGGUCUUUGAGAUGGAGCUGCUCAGCUUCGAGGGGGAAUCGCUGACAGACGACGGCGGCGUUGUGAGAAGAAUAAAGAUCAAAGGGGAGGGUUACAGCCAGCCCAACGAUGGAGCCAGUGUUGAUGUGUACCUGGAGGGCCGUUGUGACGGACGCCUGUUUGACAGCAGAAACGUCAGCUUCAUCGUUGGUGAAGCUGAAGACAAAGGCGUUCCUCUGGGAGUAGACAGAGCCAUGGACAAAAUGCAAAAAGGAGAGUGUUGUUUACUUUACCUGAAACCAAAGUAUGGGUUUGGAAGCAAAGGUAAAGCAGAAUACAAGAUCGGCCCAGACAGAGAUAUCGUGUAUGAAGUGACCCUCAAAGACUUUAGAAGGGCCAAAGAAUCCUGGGAAAUGGACAUAUAUGAAAAGGUGAAUUUAGCUCCUGGAGUUAAAAACAAAGGGAAUCAGUAUUUCAAGACAGGACAAUAUCACCAGGCGGUCAUCCAGUAUCAGCGCAUCAUUUCCUGGCUGGAGAUGGAGUGUGGAACUGGAAUCGAGCAGCAUCAGAGGAUACAGGAAUUCGUUCUGACGGCCCACCUGAACCUGGCCCUGUGUUUCCUGCGGCUCAAAGACUUCUCCCAUGUGGUGGACAACUGCAACAAGGUUCUGGAGCUGGACGAAAACAACGAGAAGGCUUUUUAUCGCCGCGGGGAAGCCCGGCUCUACCGCAACGAGUUCGGCUUAGCAAAGGAGGACUUUCAGAAGGUGCUGCAGGUCAACCCCGCAAAUCAAGCAGCUCGCGCUCAGAUUCUCAUCUGUCAGAACAAGAUCAAGGAACACCAUGAACAGGACAAAAAGAUCUACGCCAACAUGUUCCAAAAAUUUGCAGAGCAGGAUGCCAAGACUGGAAAGACAAAGAGGAGGCGGGACGACAUUGUGAGGACCACCAUGAACGGGGAGUUGAGCAUUAAACGCCGACGGAGGAGUCAGGACGCUAAUGUAGCGCUGACAUUUAAAAAGGGAGAAGAGAAGCCCUCCUGCCAUGGGAACAGAGGCAGGAAUGAAGUUCAAUAAAAGCCUCUAAUCCAAACCCUUUUAUCCCAAAAUCCAACGUGACCAUUCCUGCAAACAAAGCAAAGUGCAAGCAGGGAGGUUUCCAAGCCAAACAGCGUUAGCCCGUCUGUUGAGUAGUCCGGGUUUUCAUCCCCGUAGAGACGGCCCGACAGAGUCCCCCAGUUGUUCCUGUUUACUCCUUUGGCCCAGGCUUUUAUUUAAAACAAUAUUUAAUUUCUUUGAUAACACUGAGGAAAAGCUUUUACUGUCCUUAGGCUGCUGUGUGGACAUGUGCCUGAAUGGCGUGGUCGCUGACCUCUGACCUCUGACCUGGAUCUGGUAUGGAGCCUUUCUGCAGGCGGUUGCAUGUUUCAGGAGGUGUUUGGGAUCCAGACUUGAAACUUUGCUCUUUCUUAACGUGCAAUAUGUAUUUGGGGUAGAAGGUGUCUUAUUAGCGUAGAGGCGUUCAAUCCAAAACAAAAAACCAAUUGGACGUUACUAUUUCCAGACAGGAAGUGAUGCGUUUGCAACUACCUCCCCCUGGACCCGUCUGAGUGGGGUUUGCAUGGUCUCCCCCAGCAUUCCUGGAUUUUGUUUCCAGGUAUUCCAGCUUCCAUGUGUGGCUGUUGGUCUGUGUUUUGCCCCACUAUGUCCAGGAUGUCACCUGCCUCUUUGCCCUUUAAAAGCAAACCCAUCGAUGCUUCUCUAACCCAUUGGAGGGAGUUACAAGAACGAGCUUUGGUUGCAUUCUGGAAAUGCAAACACAUUACAAAUCCAGUGACACCAAAGGUGCCAUGUUUAUUUCUGUUCUCAAUUGUUGAUUUCUAGAAAAUAGAGGAAAAGUUGGAAAAAGCACAAAUUACAAACCUGAGAUGAAUUCCCAGCUUGUUGUAAUUUGAAACUGUAGAUCUACAGCGGAACUUAAACUGUGGUUUCCUUCCAGAGAUGCAAUGAAAUUGAAGACUUUGUUUCCCCAACAUGACAAUGAUCAUGCACUUAAAGAAUGUAGACUUCAUGCAUUCUUCUCUAUUGCAUCUCCUCAACAUAUCAAGAGUCGUACUUGUGUAAAGCUGGUGUGGUACUGUAGGUGAACAAACAUGAAUAUUAAUGAACGGAGGAACUCUGAGAUGAUUCGACUUGUUGGCAGCUGUAAAUAUUUUAAUAGAAAAAAGAAAAGUUAUUUUUCUUCCACAGCUGCAAAAAAAAGUGACAUUAUAACAGAAACAAGAAAUGUCCUUCUCUCAGCUGCAAAGAUGGAAAAGUGAUAGAAAUGGCAUGUUUUUUCUGCUUCUAUCAAAGCCCAAAGACCUGCAGCGGUGAUGAAACAACCAGACUUGCAGAAGCCGAUCAUGAGAAAAGGACGAAGGUCUUUCAUGGGACUUUUAGAUCUGGGACUCCAAUAUUAUUUCUCUAAGUCAUGUAUGGAUAUGCAAAUUUGCUUUAUAAAGAAAACAGCACAAUCAUCAAGCACUAGAAAAACAAACCCUCUCUUUAUCUCGGCUGCAUAGAAGGAUCCCAAUCAAACGGAAGGGGUCCCCAUUCGGAUUCAAGACUCGGACCCACUUCCAGGGCCAGUCUUUGCAUGCGGGAGACGGACAUAAACCUGUAGUUGCACUUUAAACCCAUCAGAAGUUUAUUCUUUUCAGCUCUGGUGUUGUGAUGUACCUACAUAGUGCAGUGACUCUUUUUUUCCUCCAUCCCAUCGUCUGUGUUUCCUUUCGUCACACUUAAUCCAUUGAUUCUGUUUAAAAAGGACAUUUUUCUAGCAUGUGUGUGGCUUUUUUAGCAGGCGAUGUUGCACUUUGGUAACGGUUAAACCAACACUGUUCUAUUUUCAUGAGAUGUUCAGAUCAAAUCUGGACAGUAAUAUUAAGAUGUUUUAUAAACAUUGGUUGGUUCUGAAUGAAACCCUUAGCUGUCUUAAAUAUUUUAUGUAAAAAAAAAAAAGAAAAAAGCAGAAAACAAAGUGACAAAAGUGUGUGUGGGUUUGUGUUUACUGUAUAUCAUUAUAUGCUAGCAAGGUUUUUAAAGAGCUUGUUGCUAAAUGCUUUCAAGUGCUGCUGCCUCCAAACAUUCAGAUAUUUUGUACAGUGAAUGAGCAUGAAGUACUUUUUUCUUUCUAACCAAGUCAAAGUGUAGCUCAGCAUUUACAGACUCUUUUCUCCGCCUGUCGGCUAAAACUUUUCCGUUCUUCUUCGCGCCGCAGUCAUCGUUCUGUAUUCUGUUAACCUUAAAAAAGUCAAAGAAGACUUUCACAAACAGUGCAGGUGUGAGACCUGCAGUGUGCUCGGUGUGAUUGAUUCUUUUCUAUUAUGGUUUCUGUCAUGAAAUGUGUUUACAUGUGCAAAAGUUGUCAUGAAAUGAUUGGACUUUUAAACUGGCAUUUGUGCAAAAGAAAUAUUUUCAGACAAACAGCA